UUGGUUUAUUUUUCAGGAAUACAGGAGAAAGAAAACAAAUAUGGAAUCUAUUAUUAUUCACGGGAGUUAUUUGAGAGGAAUCGCAAUAUUCAAUUCCAAUAAUUUUUGUAUAAUCUUCAAUUAAUUGAUAAAAGUGCAUGACCGAAAGAACUGCCUGAUGGAUAAGGAAAGAUUUAAACAAAGAAAAUAGGUCCCAGCAUUUUUUUAAUGUACAAUUGGAUAGUUGUUUUUGAUGAGUGUUGUAGUGCAAGAAAAAUUUCUGAAAAUGAUUCAGAAGCUUCGAUAUAAACAUUAUCCCGACGUGGGAUUCAUCGAUUUAUGUGCAAGAAUAAGGAAGGAUGUAUGGACGAAGAAAAGCGGUCCCAGCACUUUUCAAAAGUGACAAUGUGGUCGUCUUUAUUCCUUGUGAUAACGAGUUGCUGGACAAUAUGGGCACAAGUUAUAAACCGAGCGCCACAUUUUAUUCAAGGGGGAGACAUGGCGAGGUUAUCAGUUACCGAAGGCACUUUACCAGGUGCUCCAGUUUACACACUACAAGGAGAAGAUCCAGAAGGCUCAAGACUUCAUUAUUCAAUCAGUGGAGAAUAUUUCACAGUGGAUCGUGAAACUGGCGUUGUUGUACUUCGAAAACCAUUAGAUCGUGAAGCACAAGAUAUUAUUGAAGUUAUUAUCAGUAUAACAGACGAGGGUAUUGCUGGCUCAGAACCAAAUACUGUAUCUUUACGUCGAGAAAUAGCGGUUCUUGAUGAAAAUGAUAAUGCUCCGGUAUAUCAUGGUCGUCCAUAUGCUGCAAGAGUACCAGAAAGUGCAAAAGUAGGAGGACUUUUGCUCCCACCAGGAACAAUUACAGUAACAGACCGUGACGGCGGUGUCAAUGCGGACAUUUCUGUUUCUUGCAUACCAGCAUCAAGCGAUGAUGAUGUAUGUCAAGUCUUCACUGUGUCCUCAGAAAAGUUGGCGGAAGGAAAAUACGAUGUACAGAUUACUUUAUCCCACGCAUUGGAUUACGAGAAAAGAAAUUCUUAUUUAAUAAAUCUUGUCGCUAUCGAUGGAGCCAGUGAUCCUUUCAAAAGAUUACAAUCAAGAGCUACAAUUGCUGUUGAUGUUUUGGAUGUGCAAGAUCAACGACCAAUUUUUUUGAAUGCACCGUACAGCGCUGCACUUCCUGAAAAUACACCAGAGGGUUAUCAAAUUUUAACAGUAAAAGCACGCGAUGGUGACAGCGGUGAACCAAGGCCACUUCUAUUGACAUUGGAGAAUGAAGAUUUUGGUCAUUUUCGAUUGGAAGUUUCACGUAAAGGCGAUAUGUCAAUUGGAAAAUUAAUUACAACAAAUAUUUCACUUGAUAGAGAGGAUCCAAAUAUUUUGCAAAAUGGUGGUAUUUAUACAUUUAAAGUGAAGGCAACGGAACUUAUCAAUAAUGAAAUACCAGGCGAUACGGCAACGUCAAUUGUGACAAUUGUUGUAACCGAUGUUGAUGAUUUGACGCCAACUUUCAAUAAAAAUUAUUUUUCACUCAAAAUUUCGGAAGAUAUUGGCAUGGACACACCACUUCCAGGUCUUAAUAUGGUUGUGAGUGAUGGUGACGUGGGUGAUAAUGCAAAAUAUUUUUUGGCCUUGCAAGACGUUCCCAAUUAUCCAGGAAUUAGUGAUGCAUUUAUUGUUAGUCCUGAGGAAGCUCAGGGAAGAGUUCCAGUUGUAAUAAGAGCCAGAGAUGAUAGUGUUUUAGAUUACGAUGUCUCUGAUCCUUCAUUGCGUGAAAUAGAAUUCGAAGUGACUGCAUCCGUUGCUGGUUCAGUGGUCGCAACUUGUAGAGUACACAUUAAACUUGUCGAUGCCAAUGAUCAUAGUCCAGAAUUUUUAAAAUCCGUCUACCAUCUCUCAGUGCGAGAAGACGCUGAUAUUGGAACACAUUUCGCUGAUGUUUUUGCAACAGAUCGUGAUAGUGGAGCAUUCGGUGAUUUAACAUACAGCCUUAGGGGAUUUGGAUCGGAAAAAUUUAAAACCGAUUCAAAAGAAGGUGGUGUGUCAGUUGCAAAAACAUUGGAUUAUGAAAUACAAAAAUCAUAUACAUUGACAAUAGAGGCUAAAGACGGUGGUGGAAGAGUGUCAAAUGUGAAUAUUCUUAUUGAAUUGGAAGAUGUUAAUGAUAAUGAACCAAUUUUUGAACAACAAGAGUAUGCAAGAACUGUGAGAGAGGGGGCCACGAGUUUUGAUCCACAAAUGUUUGUUAGAGCUACCGAUGUCGAUGGUCCUUUACACGGUAAUGGCAAAAUUAUUUAUUCCAUCAGCAGUCACAAUAGUAUGACCAACGAUAUUUUUAAGAUAAAUUCACAAACAGGAGAGCUAACAAUGCUGAAACCAGUGCAAUCAGGUGACACCGAACGUGGAAUUUAUCAAUUGACGGUACGUGGAACUGAUCUUGGUAAACCGCCAUUAUAUUCGGAAACAAAAAUAUUUAUACGAGUCGGCGUACCAGGCAAUCAAAAACCAGUAUUCCGUGGAAAUUACAAAGCUGGAACACCAGGACCAAAUAGUUAUAGAGCUAGACUCUUGGAGAAUGCCUCAUCGGGUACUGAAGUCAUCAGGGUUGUUGCUAAUGAUCCUGAUGGUAGGGAUAGUUUAUUGCAAUAUCAAAUUGCUUCUGGAGCCAAAGAUAAUUUUGUCAUCAAUUCCAGUUCUGGUAUUAUAACAGUUUCUCCUGACGCAAGAUUGGAUUUAGAAACUGGUGGCGAUAAAUACAAAGUAAUUGUUUAUGCCGUUGACUCAGGAUUUCCUGUUAGAGAAACUGCAAGUACAACAGUCACUGUUAGCAUCAUUGAUGUCAAUAAUAAGCCGCCUGUUUUUAAAAAUUCAACAUACCUCGUCUACGUCUCUGAAAGAGCAGCCAUAGGUGAUUUAGUAUUGAAAGUAUUGGCUUUUGAUCCAGAUUUAGAUGCAAAUAUUGAAUAUUCCCUGAUAGAACCAAUUAAAGCCGUUGAUAAAACUGGAGUCGCACUAAAAACAACAACGCCUUAUGAUUAUAAAACGGCGUUUCGUAUUAAUUCCACGAGUGGAUUGAUAACGGUGAAUAGAGUACUUGACUAUCAAGUAGCUGCUGUUAUUAUUUUAACAGUUGAAGCAAGAGAUUUAAAUGCAAUGGAAAAUAAAGAGAAUCAAGUGGCACAUGUGGAAGUUACUGUUUAUAUUCAAGCAUACAGUGAUGAUAAUCCAACAUUUAUCAAUAGUGGUUGGUCACCAAAUAAUCCAACAAUUCGUAUUACAGUAAACGAGGAACAACCAUUAGGCACUACAUUAAUUAUGCUCUCAGCUAAGGAACCAAUGACUGGAUAUCCCGUUCAAAGAUUUGAAUUAAUUAGAGAAAUUGAUGAUGAGGGUUUUGUCAAUGUUGGUGUACAAAGUGGAAAUGUUGUUCUCAGCAAGCGAUUGGAUUAUGAGACACUUGAUCGAAAGUUGAUCAAAUUUAAAGUGCGAGCUCUUGCAAGAGAUUAUGAAAUUACUCGUCACAUGUCCGAGGCAAAUGUGAUAAUUCAAGUUCAGGAUAUCAAUGACAAUAGUCCAAUUUUUAAUCACAAGGAUUAUAAAAUUGCAAUACUUGAAUCAGCAACGCCUUCGAAAAUUGUUCUUAAUGCGAAAGCAACUGAUAUGGAUAGUUCAAAUACAGAAGAAGAAAAACAACGAGGUUACGGAGAAGUUAGAUAUUCAUUAACUGGAGAAAAUGCCAACAUGUUUGAAAUUGAUUCUGUUAAUGGAAAUAUUAGGAUUGCGGAAAAUUCAACUCUCGAUAGGGAAAAACAAUCAGUCGUUCGUUUUUACAUCAUUGCGUCAGAUAUGCCAGAAGGUGGUGUUGAACAAAAAACAACGAGAGCAUUAGUCACUGUUGAUAUUUUAGACGUCAAUGACAAUGCUCCGAGUUUUAUUCAAAAUUCCUACACUGCAGUAAUUCCAGAAAAUGCUCUACCAAGCGUCAGUAUUGUUAAUAUUACAGCUGUUGAUCCCGAUGAAGGUCCAGGUGGAAAUGUACAUUAUGAAAUUAUUGACGAAGGAGAAGCAAAUGGUCUUUUAAAAAUCAAUCAUACAUCGGGUGAAAUAUCAUCAGCGAAAAAAUUAACUGGUAAAGGAAGAACAGAUCCCUAUGUGAUGAGAAUAAGAGCUCAAGAUAGUGGACAACCUGCAUUAUAUUCCGAUGUUCUUUUAACGCUAUACAUUGGCGAUGUUGUUAGUAAUGAUGGUGUUCCCCUUUUUAUUCGUCCAACACUCGAUGAAGUUGCAUAUAUUGCAGAAAAUUCAACAUUAAAAAGUCCCGUUUUUCAAGUUGUCGCCUCAGAUCCCGAUGAUCCAAAUUUACCAAAUGGUAAAAUAAUAUUUAAAUUUUUAGAAGAUGGCAAUUUUGUCAGUGAUUCAAGUGCAUUUGAAUUAAAUCAAGAAACUGGCUUAAUAACAACAAGAAAACUUUUAGAUAGAGAAUCAAAAGAUUCAUAUACUUUAAUUUUAAUUGCUCAAGAUUUGGGCAAUCCACCACAACAAGCAACGAGAAUUUUACAAGUGAAAAUAAUUGAUAUCGACGAUCAUAAGCCACAUUUUAAACGAAAUCUCUAUAGCCCACCAAUUGAAUUGAACAUUCAAGAGGAAUUACCAAUUAAUUCAAAGGUGGGAAUAAUUGAAGCAAUCGAUGAAGAUAUCAAUGAAAAUGGAAUGAUUGAUUAUGCCAUAAUUUAUGGUAAUGAAGAGGGUUUAUUUUCCAUUGAACGUUUAAUAAAUAAUUCAGCAAUUAUAAAAUCAGUGAAAAAAUUAGAUCGCGAGAUAAAUGAUAAACAUUUAUUGACAGUAAAAUGUUUUAAAUAUUUACCAAAUAAAUCGGAAACAAUUCAAUCGGUAAAAAUGUACAAUCGUCAAGAUCCAUCGGAGAGACAAAUUUUAAUAAAAGUGAUUGAUAUCGAUGACAAUAGACCAGAAUUUGCAAAGGAAAAUAUAACAUUGGGUGUACGUUUAAAUGUACCUAUUGAUACAAGUCUAAUAACAUUGGAAGCGAAUGAUGUUGAUUCCGAUUCACUGCCAAUUAAUUACAUAAUGGGAAAUGUCUCCUUUGUAUCGCUAGUCGAUUCAACAAUGUCACGUAAAGAAAUACCAUCAUAUUUAUCACUUAAUUCAGAAAGUGGUGAACUUAGAACAACAGGAUCGUUGGCAAGUUAUUCAGAUGGUUAUAUAGAAAUUCCAAUUGUGGCAAAUAAUUCAAUAGAUGCGAAAAGACAAACAAAUAUUAUAUUGAGAAUAUUUUUACUUAGAGAUAGAGAUAUGUUGAAAUUUGUUUUUUCAAAACCACCAGCUGAAGUGAGUAAAACACUGGAAAAUUUUGAAAAAGCUGUACAACAAGCAUUAUCAUUGCCAAUAACUGUUAAUGUUUAUGACACACAAUUUUAUGCAAAAGAUGAUAAUUCACUUGAUUUUUCAUCGACAAGCUCAUGUUUUCAAAUGGUUGGCAAAGAAGUUUAUGAUCUUCAUGAAAUGAAAACAUUAUUAACUGAUGAAAAUAAUGAGGAAUUGAAGAAAGUUUAUAGGACAUAUCAUGUUGAUAAGGUGCAAAAUUGUGCAAAGACAAUUUCACGCGCUGAUGCAUCUAAAACACAAAUGUGGGUUCUUGCUAUUGCUGUAUUGGUUGGAAUUGCAACAAUAAUUUCCAGUUGUACAUUAUGCUGUAUGCAUUCCAAGUAUAAAAAACACUUGAAACAUGCUCGACUAAGGGAACAGCCGAGAUGUUGCAGUGCAGCAUCUCACACAUCUAGACCAACUGUUGUUCCUCUAGGACCACAUGAAAAUCCCUAUGAAUGGGGAGCUGAAAACACACUUUAUCAUCCCGGUACUGUUUCAAGACCUUAAAAAGGUACAAAAAGUGUCUAAAUUUUACAAUUUAAAAAAUUUUAAUCGAGUGCCAAUUAUUAUUAUUAUUAUUUGAGUUACUUGUGUCAAUUCACUAAAAAUCAUCUCUCUGACAUAAUUUUAAAAAAUCUCGUUUUAAUAUUAUGUGAAAAUCGAUGAAUUUUUAAGUUCAUUCAACAUAAUAUAUUAUCGAGUAAAUUUUAUUUCUUUUAAUGAUAUUACUCAUCAAAAAAAGAAUGUUCUCUCUGUUCUUUUAUAAGAAUAGAAAGAGAACAGAAAAAAAAAUUUUUUUAAUCCUAAAAUUAAUCUUUUCAAGUAAAAAAAUUUUUAAAUUUAAUAUUUUUGAAACGGAGUAAAGUAUCUUCGUCGAAUUUUAAUAACAUAUAAAAAUUAGUAAAAAUUUCACAUUUAUAUUAAAACUUGAUUUUUUAAAAAUAUUGCAACAACCAUUAUUAGAUGAUUUUAAAUCGAUUGACCCAUACUUUAUUUUCAAAUAUCUGCAGAAAAAAAAAUUGCAAGCGGAUAUAAAAAUUGUUUUAG